UUUUCAUUGGGCGAGGGGCAGCGACCAAGGCAGAUCCCUGAGCGGGCUCGGCGCGGAGGACGAUGAGGCCGCGGCGCGGGCUCGACCCGGGCUCCGUCUGGGCGCAGCGGCUGCGGCAGCUGGAGCAGCGCCUGCGCGCCAAAGAAGAAAGAAUAGUUGUCCUGGAAACUGAAAAUGCUGCUCUUCACCUAAAACUUGCAGAGUAUCAAGGGUUGGCUGGAAGAAGCACUAGUGAAGUAUUGCAGCUCUAUUCUGCUCAUGGCCAGCAGCAGAAAUUGCAGAGGACUUCUGUUGUAACACAGCUGCAUGGAACAGUAAAGAGGCUGAAGCAAGACCUGAAAAGACUCCGUUCAUUUGUUCUUGAACUUUCAAAAGAUUUUCAGCGUCAAAGCAAGACUUAUCUUUACCAAAUUUUAACAGCAGUCCAAGGGAUACAGCUGGAAAAUGAAGCAAUGCAAAUGUUUCAGAUAAAAGCUUUUGAUCUCGAGCAGUCUCUACAAGAGGUGACAGAGAGAUAUGAAAAAGAAAAGCAAAAGAGGAGAGCUCUACAUAACAGCUUAGUUGAACUGAGAGGAAAUAUCAGAGUCCACUGCAGGAUCCGACCAUUACUACCGUUUGAUGCUGCUUCUGGACAUUCAAUAUCAGAAGACAGACAAAGAAACUUUCCAGAGAAAGUGGCAUAUGCAGCUGAUGAUGAAACUGUCCUCAUAAAGUGCAGCCGUCCUGGUCAUGCAUCAAUAAACAGGACUUUUCAGUUCGAGAGAGUUUACAAUGCUUUGGAGUCUCAAGACAUAGUAUUUGCGGAUGUGGCCCCUUUACUAACAUCUCUUCUGGAUGGGUACAAUGUGUGUAUCAUGGCUUAUGGGCAAACUGGAAGUGGGAAGACAUACACAAUGUUGGGACCACAGUUAGAGGAGAACUUCGCAUUCUCCAUAGAAGAUGAAUCAGAACUUGGAAUAAUUCCUCGAGCUACCCAAGAAGUAUUCAGGCUUCUUUCAGAAAAACCACCAGGAAGUUACUGGGUUGAGGUUUCUGUUGUAGAAGUGUAUAACAAUGAAAUUUUCGAUCUUUUGGCCAAGGACAAUUAUGGAAAAGUAUUUGGUGUCAAACGCGAGGUUGUCACAACCAGAGAAGGAAAGAGUGAUGUUCCAUUGCUUAUGCAUGAGACUGUUGAAAAUGCAGCUGAGUUUUUGCAUUUAGUCAACAAAGGCGUACAGCUGAGAGUCAGGCACCCAACUCUGGUGCAUGCUCAUUCCUCUCGUUCUCAUCUGGUAGUUACAUUGACCAUAAACACAAUCAUCUCUGGAGAUAACUUUGGUACUUCAUGGGAAGAUGAACAAACCAGUCAGAGACUAAAUAAAGAGGUUUCCUGCACCUUUCCACAAAAAAUGAGAGAGAAUAAAUCCACCUCUUCUUCCAGAGCCUCCUCGCCAACACAACUUGAAGCCACCGAGAAACUGAAGAAAGUCAAAACUAGAUUGCAGCUGGUGGAUCUGGCUGGUAGUGAGUGUGUUGGUAUGUCUGGAGUGACGGGUGCAGCACUCAGGGAGACAUCAUAUAUUAACCGCAGCUUGUCUGCCCUAGCAGACGUUCUGGGAGCAAUAGCAGAACAGCGAUCUCAUGUGCCAUAUCGAAACAGCAAACUUACACAUUUGCUUCAGGACUCUUUAGGCGGUGAUGCCAAACUACUGGUGAUGCUGUGCAUCUCUCCUGACCAGAAAUACUUAACGGAAUCAAUGCAGACUCUGGGAUUUGGAACUCGUGCUCGACAAGUUCAGAGAGGACAACUCAAGAAAAAAAAUUUCCCAGUUCCGAGCAAAGCAAAAUAAAACCUUAGACUCCUGUGGAUUAAAGUAUUAUUAAUGAGUUCCUCAGACUGAAAUGUACAUUGUUGUCCUAAAGCCCUUUUUCUAGAUAUCAACUGCCAGGCAAAAUAAACUAUCUUCAACAUGGCAUUAGUAAGCCAUAAACUGCUGAUAAAGUUCUUGCUCCAAAGAUAAUGCAAGUAUUGACAACAGCUACCAGCCAUGGUGGAAUGACAUAGAAAUAAAUCAGGCUUUUUUAGGAAAGCUACUUGAAGACAUGUUUUUUGUGAUACGUUUCCUUUGGGCAAGUAGAACUAAGUCAACAGAGCUGUGAUUUAGGAUGGCUCACUUCUGACAGGCCCAGGGUGCAUUCUGUUCUGUCAGUUGAAGGCAGAAGUCUGAGUAUCAUUCCAGUGCCUCCAAGCAGCAAAUGAAAUAAUUCAUCCCACCUUGGAUUAAUAUGAGACUUGUUCUCUGUUUUUAGGUAGGAAAUAAUGGCACUAGUGAGAUGGAGAAAAAGGAGUAAGGGUAUAUCUGCUAUCCCUCUGGAAUGUAGUUCAGGGAGCAAAAGAAGGAUUAUAAAACAUUUUGAAAACACACUUGGCUUAACUGGUUGCAGCAAAUCCCAGCUCCGCUGAGUUCAUCAAGACUAUAGCUUUGCCUGUUUGGGGUGGGUUUUGUUUUUUCUUUGCUCCAUGAGUGCUAAAAGGCCCUGACCUUCAGAUCUGAACAGCAAAUGGGACCUAACUUGUACAACUGUUUUAGUAGAAGUCUGGCUUGUUAUUUCACUUGCAUUUCUGAAACAAGUUAAAACACAUCUCAGCCUUGAAGAUGUGCCUGCACAUUAGGAAAGGUUAACUACAUCCUCAUGCUUUGCAUCCAUUACAUGAAUAAAAUACCAAAAAUGAACUUGUGAUGUGAUGCUUGUCAUCUUCAAGAGGCUUUCACCGUCUUACACUAAUGUUGAGACAACUUCAUGCAGGGCUUGUGAAUAAGGCUACACUGGAGAAGUUGCAAGGAAAUUUAAGCAAUGUUAGAGAUGAGAAUCGGUCCUGAGAUACGUAGUUGAGUUCAGAUAACAUCUGGUGUGUUCUGUGCAUUGUGUUACUGCUCAGUGGAGGCCUCAGGAUCCACUCUGAAUUUUUACCUCCAGCACCAACUCUGUGUUGUAGCCUGGGAGAGGUCAUUGGUAGGUCACUGCAAGAAGGCUUAAAUUGCAGUGGUCUGCCCAAAAGGCUGGAGUUUAUAGUACUCGAGUCACUUAACCUUCACAAGCAUAAAUAUUUAUCUAGAGAUUAUAUAGCAUACUAUUAUUGGAAUUUCACCCUUGAAUAUAUAACAGCUGCUGUGUUGCAUGCAGUGCUCUGGUGCUCAGAACAUUAACACUGUGACCAGAGAGCUGUAAUAAUACUUGUUUUCCUAAAAAAUGUCAUGAGGUUAAAAAUGCCUUAACUUUACCUGAUUCCGGGAGUAAUAGAUGGGUAGGAAAAGGAUCCGGACACAGGACCUUAAGAAGCUGAAUGAUCACUAAAGCAAUCUUAGUUGAGAAAGUGUUAGAACAAGGAAUGUUAAGCCUAGUGAAUGAAAGGCAGGAACAGUCAGCUUCAAGCACAUCUUUGCCUCCUGUCUCCUAGGCUACUAAAGCAGCCUGGAUUAGACCUCUAAAAGAGUUUAAGUGACAAGGGAGGGCUAGCUGACAGCAUUUUUAAGUAAGUUCCUCUAGUAUUUUUAAGGAUUUGGCAUUCUUUAGUGUUACAUGGAACUGUAAUUUGUCGUGAACUGCAUUUUCUUUUCUGGAGCUUCUCUUUGAAACUUGGCAUUUAUUUACAAUCUGUGUGGUAGGAAAAAGCAGCAAUACUUAUUGUUAGGGCUCAAAAAUAAAUCCCUCAAAUAUCAGAAGUUUAAAUUUCUUCAUUAGCACUAAUUCUGCCAAAUUGUGCAUACGCAGGAUUCCCUAUUCCUGUUUUCCUUGUCAGCCUAGCAUAUCACUUCCUGGUUAACCUACACAAUGAACUGUACAGGAAAUGCAGGGCAGCAAAUUUAACAUUUUGCUUUAAGAGCCUUCAGGCUUUGUAUUUCCUGGGCUAGAGAGAUGUGAUUGCUCAAUCCCAGUCUACCCAGUAAGGGUAAACUAUGUGAGGGUU